AAACCUCCACGAAAAUAGUCUCCCCUCGCGUAAUCACGUAGUCCUUCGCCGCAUUGGGGCAAAGUAAUCCCUUCAUUUUCCUGAAGGUACUGGGAAUAUAUUUCAUUCUUCUCCACAACGGAACAAUUUUAAAUGUUACUGCGAUAAGAGAAGUUACCUAUGGGAAAGUGGCUAAGCGACUGGGUAAAGAGAAAGAAAGGACAUGAAAAUGAAGUGCUGCGGAGGAAUUUUUGUCAAGCUGUGAGACGACGGACGGAGAGCGAAGGCGAUUGAGAGGGGCUGAGGAAAUUGUCCUCUGUGCAGGGGGCUUGCUUUAGGCCCGGGACCCUGCCUGCCCCUGUCGUCCGCAGAGAGAUGGAAAGCUUGAUGACUAGUUCUACCCUGCCACCCCUUUUUGCAGAUGAAGAUGGCUCCAAGGAGAGUAAUGACUUGGCUACAACUGGGUUAACCCACCCAGAGGUUCCAUACAGUAGUGGCACUGCAUCGUCCACCAACAAUCCGGAAUUUGUGGAGGAUCUCUCCCAAGGUCAGUUGCUUCAGAAUGAGUCUUCAAAUACAGCAGAAGGCAAUGAACAGAGGCAUGAAGAUGAGCAAAGAAGUAAACGAGGAGGUUGGUCCAAAGGAAGAAAGAGGAAGAAACCUCUUCGAGACAGCAAUGCACCCAAAUCCCCCCUCACAGGAUAUGUUCGGUUCAUGAAUGAGCGUCGUGAACAGCUUCGUGCAAAGAGACCAGAAGUCCCAUUUCCAGAAAUCACAAGGAUGUUAGGCAAUGAAUGGAGUAAACUGCCUCCUGAGGAAAAACAACGCUAUCUUGAUGAAGCAGACAGAGAUAAGGAGCGUUACAUGAAGGAACUGGAGCAGUAUCAGAAAACUGAGGCCUAUAAGGUCUUCAGUAGGAAAACCCAGGACCGCCAGAAAGGCAAAUCUCAUAGGCAAGAUGCAGCCCGACAGGCCACUCACGAUCACGAGAAAGAAACAGAGGUAAAGGAACGGUCUGUUUUUGACAUUCCUAUAUUUACAGAGGAAUUCCUGAACCACAGCAAAGCUCGGGAGGCAGAGCUCCGCCAGCUUCGCAAAUCCAACAUGGAGUUUGAGGAGAGGAAUGCAGCCCUGCAAAAGCAUGUGGAGAGCAUGCGCACAGCAGUGGAGAAGCUGGAGGUGGAUGUGAUCCAGGAACGGAGCCGCAACACGGUCUUACAGCAGCACCUGGAGACCCUACGGCAGGUGUUGACCAGCAGCUUUGCCAGCAUGCCCUUGCCUGGAAGUGGAGAGACACCAACAGUGGACACCAUUGACUCAUAUAUGAACAGACUGCACAGUAUUAUUUUAGCUAAUCCCCAAGACAAUGAAAACUUCAUAGCUACAGUUCGUGAAGUUGUGAACAGGCUUGAUCGUUAGUGAAUGGUCUUAGAGUUCCAAGAUGUUCUGUAAGUGUUUUUAUUUGUGAGGAAUGAGAAGCCAUCCAUGGAAAUUCGAACUGAGUUGGGGCAGAGACAGUACAGAUCCCUUUGCCUGUGAGAGAAUUAUCAGUGAGUGACAUGCCUGCACCCAGGAAGCCAUAUGAGGGAGCAGCAGAAGUAACACGUAUAUGGCAUAUGAACUUCCUAUGGAUGUCCGUGUGUGAAGCUUUGAAAGUGUACCGCCACUCUCCUGGGGUCUUCGGUUUCCUGUCAUUUCCACGGCUCUUAAAGUGGAUCUGCAUACAACAGCCGACUAGGUGACCCUGAGGCUGACAUCCACUGCAAAAAGGAAGACUUCUCAUGGCUGCAGUUUCGAUCGGACCCUUUUAUCAGUGGAGCUCCAGUUUUCUUACCUAGCUGUCAUUUUUUUUUAAAUGCCUUUGGGGGUUAUUUCUCACUAGCCCCCACCAAGUUAUACAUCUCCAUUUUCUGACCUCUGGGCUUUGUUGCUCAGCAGGGUUCUGAAGGAGAGUUUCUCUCAUUGGACAGGCCCAGUCUUCUCCCAUCGUUGCCCUGCUGUGACUCCAAAGAAAGGAGCUUCUUGUUGACAGUGCCCUGUGGAGGAAGGCUGUGUUUCCUACCCACAUGGUGCUCAGUGGGUGCCAGCCCUCUGAGCGGCUUUGUGAUUGCUGCCCUGAAGGAGAAUGCUCUUUCCUUCCUCCCUGGUACUGCCCGCUGUUUCCUAAGCAGGGCUCCUGCACAGACACCGAGUCCCAGCCCCAGCAAGGCUCUUCUGUUCCCGUCUGUUGGCACUGUCUUGCAGAGCAUUUUUGCUGAGGAAAAGGUCACUAGUAAACAGAGGAGAAAAGUAGUUUCUCAUUUGGUAUUUUUAAAAAGCCCGAAGUUUAGUGUAGGUGAAAACUGAGGGACUCCUGUCUUCUUCAGGUGUAAUGAUUCAUGGAUAGGUAGAAACAUCACCCAGAAUAGUGUCUUGAGCUCACAGAAAGGGCACAGAAGAAUUCUGGUAUCUUUUUUCUUCCUUCUGUAGCCAUUAACUCCUGAAUCUAUGUGAAGAAGAUAGGUAUCCCUUCCUUCUCUCUCCUUAGUAAGCGAUUUUUUUAAACAGC